CGAGUCGCUUGCAACGGAGCGAGGGCAGCGGCGCGGGCGAGCUGGGCGGCGGCGCAGCGGGAUGCGCCCCCCCCCCGGGCGGCCGCCCCGCCGCGCCGGCCUCGCCGCAGCCUCCGCCUGAGCCGCGGCCCCGCCGCCUCGCCGCCGCCAUGCUGGUCAAGGAGUACCGCAUCUGCAUGCCGCUCACCACCGAGGAGUACCGCGUGGGGCAGCUGUACACCAUCAGCAAGCACAGCCACCAGGAGAGCGAGAAGGGCGAGGGCGUGGAGGUGGUGAAGAACGAGCCCCACGAGGACCCCGUGCACGGCGCCGGCCAGUUCACCGAGAAGCGGGUCCACCUCUCCAGCAAACUGCCCAGCUGGGCCCGGGCAGUGACCCCCCGCAUCUUCUACAUCACGGAGAAGGCCUGGAACUACUACCCCUACACCAUCACCGAGUACACGUGCUCCUUCCUGCCCAAGUUCUCCAUCUACAUUGAGACCAAGUAUGAGGACAACUGCGGGGACAGCGAGAACAUCUUCCGCAGCGAGAAGAUCCUGGGCGACCACGAGGUCUCCUUCCUGGACAUCGCCUUCGACGAGAUCCCCGAGCGCUACUACCGCAGCCUGGAGGACCCGCGCUACUUCAGCUCGGCCAAGACGGGCCGGGGGCCGCUGCGGGAGGGCUGGCGCCAGCACACCCAGCCCAUCAUGUGCUCCUACAAGCUGGUGACCGUCAAGUUCGAGGUGUGGGGGCUGCAGAGCCGCGUAGAGCAGUUCGUGCACAAGGUCAUCCGUGACGUGCUGUUGAUAGGACACCGGCAGGCCUUCGCCUGGGUGGACGAGUGGUGCGGCAUGACCAUGGAGGAGGUGCGGCGCUACGAGCGGGAGACGCAGGAGGCCACCAACGAGCUGGUGGGCCGGCUGGCGCCCGCCAUCGCAGUGAGCGAGGCAGGGCGGCCGUCGGCGCCGCGCUCGGCCCCCGCCAGCGCCCCCUCCACCCCGCUCGCCGACGACGCCCCCGACUUCCUCGCCGCCCCCAAGGCCCGGCCCCGCAAGAAGUCGGCGCCCGAGACCCUGACGCUGCCGGCGCUGCGGGAGCGCGCGGGUGCCGAGUGAGGCCCGCGCCGCCCGGGGAGAGCCCCGCCGCCAGGCCUCGUCCCGCGCCUCCGGCCCGGCCUCCCGUGACGUCGGGCGCCCGCGAGCCGGCCCAGCGCCAGGCUCCUCGCAGGGGGCCGUGCCGCCCCGCAGCCCCCGUCUGCGCCGCGUCCCGCUGCCGGGCUCCCCCGGCCGCCCCGUCGGCAGGAGGGGUGCCGGGCCGGCUCCGGCCGCCGUUUUCUUUGGGAAAACAAAGGCCUUUUCGGAAAUAAAGCUGAAGACGCGGUGGU